CCUCUUGCGGAUUUACGACCUGGUUCUGUUUGUCCGUUUUACCGUACCGUAAUCUCAGUUUGCGGCGGGAUCACCUCUGUUUGGAUGUAGGAAGCACGUUGUAGCUGCUACAGGUGGAGUGUGGUAUUAUGUGCUCUCUUGCCUUAUUUCCACCACCUCUGGUGGACGGAGAAGUGACACUGUACGAGUCCAACAAUGAGCUCGUGUCUGGGUCAUCGUCCAACAGUUACCCAAAGCAGGAGUGGGAUCCCCCGGGCUUGCACUUCCCACGUGAAUCUCUAAAGCCCCACAGUCGUCCCGAGAGCAGCAGUAAAACAGCCUUUCUCGACCACAGAGACACACUCUGGAUGAGGAGUGCGGGAGCUUGGCGUGAUGCAGGUCUGGCUGGACUACUGGAUGAAAUCACCAACAGUGCAGAGGAGGUACCCAAGUGGUUAGGUGUAAGCUCUGGCUGUGUGCUGGCUCUACUUCGCUGGAUAUCCUCAUUCCAUGGCUCACUAUUCCCACAUCUUACUCUGAGCAGUGAGAACAUGGUGGCAGAGUUCUCACAGGUGCUGGAUUGGUCAGAUUGCACGGUCCGGGCCUUUGCUUGGCACCCUCACACCGACAAGUUUGCCGUUGCCCUUCUUGAUGAUUCCAUCAGGAUUCAGAACUCUAAAAGUGCAACAGCUCCCACUCUGAAGCACAGGCUGCAGCGUAGUGUGGCAGCCCUCCAGUGGAAGCCACUGUGUGCUUCUGCAUUGGCCGUUGCCUGCCACACCUGUUUGCUGGUCUGGCAUGUAGACCCUACCUCCCUCUCCACACGGCCAUCAUCAGGCUGUGCACAGGUUUUGUCUCACCCUGGACACUCUCCAGUCACUUCUAUUGCCUGGGCUCCCUCUGGAUCUCUCCUAGUGUCUGCUUCCCCAGUGGACACAGCCAUGCUGGUGUGGGAUGUUGCAGCGGAGAGCUGUGUUCCUCUGCAGCGAGUGGGGGGUGGUGGUGUGACUUUCCUGUCCUGGGCACCGGAUGGCAGCAGAGUUUUGGCAGCCACACCCUCUGCCCUCUUCAGGGUAUGGGAGACAAGUAUGUGGACGUGUGAGAGAUGGCCAUGCUUAAAAGGCCGAUGCCAGUCUGGCUGCUGGAGUCCUGAUGGCUCUCGUCUGUUGUUCAGUGUUCAGGAAGAGAUGGUUAUCUACGCACUCACCUUCACUGAUUCACCAGGAGGUCCAAAAGCUGCAGCUAUAGUAGCUGAUCUGUCUGAGACCACCUUUAACAGUCUGGAUGGGGACAUAACAAUUGGAGGAGAAGUGCAAUCCCUAGCGUGGGAUCCUAGAGGAGAGAGGCUCGCUGUGCUCCUGAAAGGACAUACGAAGACAGAGGGCCGUCCUGCUGUGAUUGCCGUGUUCAAGACCCGCUCCAGCCCAGUGUUCGAGCUCCUGCCAUGUGGGUUUGUGCAUGGAGAAGCAGGGGCUGAACCCAGACUCAUGCAAUUCCACCCUCACUUUCAGCACGGGGCACUGCUGACCGUGUGCUGGUCCAAUGGAAAAAUCACCCACGUGCCCUUCUACUUUGUGAGUGCAGGAGCCGCUCAGCCCAACCCACUGCCUCAUCUCACAGGCCAGAGCGCUGACUACAGCUCACAUCAGCUCUACACCGAGCAGUGCUCUUAAAACACACUCACACACAGGUCAGAGCGCUGAUUACAGCUCACAUCAGCUCUACACCGAGCAGUGCUCUUAAAACACACACACACACAGCUGACUCCUCUCCACCUGUUACUAUUUGUAUUUGAAUAAAUUAUCAUUUCUUUGCUAUGAUUGAGAAAUGGACAUUUUAACAGA